CCUGUAGAACACUGUGAGGGCCCUCGGGGACAGGCCGAAUUUCAGCUCUGGAGAACACAGGUGCUAGACUCUUUCCAGUUCCCACACAGCCAUGAGUGCCAUGAAUCUGGCAAGCAAGACUACACAGGUGUGGUCAAUGGGAAGACAAAUCCAAUGAGGAGCCCAGAACAAUGAAGAGAUCCUGAGAAGCAGCUACAGUUAACAGAGUGGAGUGUGCUGGCCUAUUGUGUGGUUUGAUAAUUGUAUGUGGUAGGCCUACUGGGUAGGGAGCAGGGGAGGUCUCUGGCUCAUUGGUAAACUGCUGGGAGACGUUGAGUGUCCCCUUGAAGGGGCCACCAAUCUUGUUUUGCCAAAUCACAUCUGAAACAAGGCUAAUAUUGUAGACAAUUAAUUUAUUAUAUAUAAUUUUAAUUGUUGAGCUGUACCAUGUGUAUCCUGUUCAUAUGACAAAUAAACUUGACUUGACUCCAUACACACAUACAGUCUAAAAUGCAGGGCUAUUCAAUUAACCUUGUGUUACUGGUGUCCCAGUCCAGAUCUGAAUCAGUCCCAUUAGAGGGAAACAAUGAAAAACAGUACUGCCCUGUGGCCCUCCACUGCUGUAUUUGAGUGGGAAAUCUCAAAUUGUAUAAUAUCUUUGCCUGCAACCCGGUAGCAGCUGCACUGCACUUCCUGUGUUUACUGGUUUGUGAUCCUUUCUUAAAGUGAUAGCACAGGGAGACAAAUUCCCAAUGAAUACAAUUCCUGAUAACAAAUAAAGACAAUCAGCAGAUGUUUAGAGGGGGUGUACGUUUCGAGCAAAGGAGGAAAUAAAUUGUAGCAAACAGCAAUAACUAGGUUUCUGAUAAAUUAAAAUGUUGUGUCCCUUUAAGAGCCUAAAGUUCCAACCGUAAAUCUCGUUGGAUCCCGUCUGUUCUUACGAAGGUCUCACGAUACUUCUCUCUCAGUGGCGGCUGUGUGGCCCCCUGUCUCAGCCAGCACGGACAGAGUUGUUUCUGACAUUUGAAUGAAAAACAGUCUGAAUUGCUACCACUUUGGACAGAUGAAAUAAUGGCUUCAGCCUUGGAGCAGUUCGUGAACAAUGUGCGGCAGCUCUCCGCUCAAGGUAUGGACACUAAACAGGUUUUAGUUGUCAGACGAGCUGGAACUAUUAGCCAAUGCUAACCAAUGCGUUACUGUGCUGUUAUCAUGCAUAACUAGCUAGGCUAGGUAGCCAAACUGGAUAGAUCCUUUUUGCAUUAUCAUGUAAACACAGCGCUAAAUUGAUUGUUUUGGUGAACAAGGCCUCAAAAAAGUAGUUCACAAAGAUGCGUUUUUACCCCGGGACACUAAAGUGUACCUCAAACAACACUGCAAACGGAUACGUGUUUUAAAAUCUUACUUUUUGUUUUUGUUAGAGAAAAUAAUUUCUGGGGAAUGCCUACCGGUAGUUCCGCCCUAAGCACGCGCGAUUGGUUGAAGAGCGCCAUUGUCAAAUGUUAUUGGUCGACAGUCCCAUCUGUAACGCAAUAUGCGAUACUUCCAUCGCUAGUGUACCAAGUGCAGGCCUUGACAGGACACUUGACCGGCCGAUAUAUUUUACAGUUGCCAAGUACCUCAAGUCCUCCAUGAUUUCAUCCAUGGGGAGGUUUAGUAUCCGCAAAGAAUGUGAUCUAUGCAGCUAGACCGCGUUUCAUUAUAAAAAAUAUGCUAAAUAUUCUUAGUGGCACCCAAUAUUCUAUUCCAUUUUAUUUUUCUUACAAAAUGAUUACAUAUGCAGGUGUAUUCAGUUGACAUUCUGGCUAUUUUGUUCUUACAGUUUUUAUAGCCUGCUAUUUAUAGCCUGUAUUAAAAUAUCGUUAGAAAUAAGUGAACAACAUAAAUAAAUAUUUAGUUUGGACUAUCAUGGGCUUUCAUCUCUGGGUAAGAUGGGUGUAAAGUGGGUCUGCUGUUGGACAAUAAUGUGUGGGUUAGAGUUUGGGAGGGCUCCAUCUAAAAAUGGGAGAAACACUUGUGUAAACGAAACUAUUUAGGAUAUAGGCUCUUCAACCUAUAUUCACACAUGAACUCCCUUUUGAUUUGGACCUGUACUUCUCUUCAACCAGCUCUAAUAGCUCAACUAUCAAGUGCUGCAUUGUUUGUUUACCUAUUGUCUUUACUGUUGCAUAUCAGGUCAGAUGACACAGCUGUGUGAACUGAUCAACAAGAGCGGGGAGCUGUUGGCCAAGAACCUGUCCCACCUGGACACUGUACUGGGGGCCUUGGACAUCCAGGAACACUCCCUGGGUGUGCUGGCUGUGCUGUGAGUAGCCUGCUCUCUUCUGCAGUCAUCUAAUUCUUGAUCAAUGAUUAUAAGUCAAUAACUGAUCUAGGAUAUGACUUUGAGUCAGUUUCUGCUUACUGUACCUGUGUGCAUUCGAGGCUAAUAACUCAGGAAAGGAUAUUACACAGAUCAAGGUGUUAAAAUAAAAUUGUGUGUCUGUUGAAACUGUCUGUCUUAUACAGUCUACAAUCUUUGUUGUUUUAAUAUACCAUGGCAACAUUUUUCUUGUGUACUCACGACCAGUUUUCACUUUCCCUUCAUACAGGUUUGUGAAGUUCUCAAUGCCAAACAUCCCUGACUUUGAGACGCUCUUUUCCCAAGUCCAACUCUUUAUCAGUACCUGCAAUGGGGAGCACAUCCGAUAUGCAACAGACACUUGUAAGUCUAAACGUAACUUAUUUUUGGUUUCUAGAAGCCUUGUAUUGAUGUGUUGUUUACUCCAUAAGGUGUUAACGCCUUGUAGUGAUUAAAGUGUUUUCUAAGGAAUUUGGAUAAUGUUUUUCAAGGUCAAAUGAUCAGGGCAAAAUUAAUUUAACUUGAACCUGUUAAACCAGGGGUUCCCAAACUUUUUUGCCCUGAAACCCCAUUUUGACGUAAACAAAUUUUGCGACCCCCACCAUGUAAAAAAAGAAGAAAAAAGGUGAUGUAAUCAACGGCCAAUGUUUACUUUUUUAAUUGGGUCUAUUACAAAUCAGUCUGACAGUAUUUCAAUCUGAGGAAGUAGUUUGAAGUGAUUGAAAUGGAUCAGAAAGGUAUUGGGAAGUUCAUCAGGCAAUAAUUGUCACCUGCGAUGAAAUCGAGGAGGGGACUGUGGAUCUGUGCAUUUACAUUUUACAUUUUGGUCAUUUAGCAGACGCUCUUAUCCAGAUUUGAAUUACAGUUAGUGAGUGCAUACAUUUUUCAUACUGGCCCCCUGUGUGAAACGAACCCACAACCCUGGCGUUGCAAGCGCCAUGCUCUACCAACAGAGCUACAGGGGACCCUACAUUAGUCACACGCGAUAUCUGACAGCACUGUCCCGAUUUUGACGAAACUUCGGUGAUUGAUGCGUCUUGUAGAGAUCCGGUAUUAACAAAAUUACACUGAUUGGCCGAAGGCGGGAGCUAGUAAUUAACUGAAAUGUGUUAAUCACAUACGGUAUCCCAAUUAGGCCAACGGGGGGCGCUGCAUCAUUCGUGGGGGCGACAUGUUUUCUUGUUUUGUAUGAUCUUCUGUGUAGAAAAGAACGUCAUUAUUGAUUAUGUUCUUUUUCCCCAUCUGAUUUAGUGCCUGGUCUUGUCCAUUCUGUUCUAAUGAGUCCUGCGCGGCUUGUGAGCAUUGUAGAGGGAAACAGAAGAUGCGUACGGGUUCCUGAGAGUGUUGUCUUUCUGUGAUGUGGUUGUAAUAUUUUUUUAGCAUAAACCGUUCAAAAGAUAGAACCACAUUUGUAGGAAGAAAAUAGAAAAAGCUCUAUUUAUUACAACCGCAUCUAGCGGCUACCAGAGAUGACUGAUGUAACCGUGAUUCUAUGAACCAAGCACAAUUAUUGUAAAAAAAAAAAAAAUCUGUUUCUUUCGCGACCCCAUUUUCAUAUCAGGUGACGCCACAUGACGCCACAAACACCUAGUUUGGGAAACGCUGUAAAAUCCACAAUUUGAUUAUUCUCUUCACAGUUGCCGGCCUCUGCCAUCAGUUGACAAACGCCCUUGUAGAACGGAAACAGGUAAGACUUGCCAAAUGGCAGAAGAGCUAAUGCAUGAAUUUACAGUGGGGGAAAAAAAGUAUUUAGUCAGCCACCAAUUGUGCAAGUUCUCCCACUUAAAAAGAUGAGAGGCCUGUAAUUUUCAUCAUAGGUACACGUCAACUAUGACAGACAAAAUGAGAAAAAAAAUCCAGAAAAUCACAUUGUAGGAUUUUUAAUGAAUUUAUUUGCAAAUUAUGGUGGAAAGUAAGUAUUUGGUCAAUAACAAGUUUCUCAAUACUUUGUUAUCUACCCUUUGUUGGCAAUGACACAGGUCAAAUGUUUUCUGUAAGUCUUCACAAGGUUUUCACACACUGUUGCUGGGAUUUUGGCCCAUUCCUCCAUGCAGAUCUCCUCUAGAGCAGUGAUGUUUUGGGGCUGUCGCUGGGCAACACAGACUUUCAACUCCCUCCAAAGAUUUUCUAUGGGGUUGAGAUCUGGAGACUGGCUAGGCCACUCCAGGACCUUGAAAUGCUUCUUACGAAGCCACUCCUUCGUUGCCCGGGCGGUGUGUUUGGGAUCAUUGUCAUGCUGAAAGACCCAGCCACGUUUCAUCUUCAAUGCCCUUGCUGAUGGAAGGAGGUUUUCACUCAAAAUCUCACGAUACAUGGCCCCAUUCAUUCUUUCCUUUACACAGAUCAGUCGUCCUGGUCCCUUUGGAGAAAAACAGCCCCAAAGCAUGAUGUUUCCACCCCCAUGCUUCACAGUAGGUAUGGUGUUUUUUGGAUGCAACUCAGCAUUCUUUGUCCUCCAAACACGACGAGUUGAGUUUUUUACCAAAAAAGUUAUAUUUUGGUUUCAUCUGACCAUAUGACAUUCUCCCAAUCCUCUUCUGGAUCAUCCAAAUGCACUCUAGCAAACUUCAGACGGGCCUGGACAUGUACUGGCUUAAGCAGGGGGACACGUCUGGCACUGCAGGAUUUGAGUCCCUGGUGGCGUAGUGUGUUACUGAUGGUAGGCUUUGUUACUUUGGUCCCAGCUCUCUGCAGGUCAUUCACUAGGUCCCCCCGUGUGGUUCUGGGAUUUUUGCUCACCGUUCUUGUGAUCAUUUUGACCCCACGGGGUGAGAUCUUGCGUGGAGCCCCAGAUCGAUGGAGAUUAUCAGUGGUCUUGUAUGUCUUCCAUUUCCUAAUAAUUGCUCCCACUGUUGAUUUCUUCAAACCAAGCUGCUUACCUAUUGCAGAUUCAGUCUUCCCAGCCUGGUGCAGGUCUACAAUUUUGUUUCUGGUGUCCUUUGACAGCUCUUUGGUCUUGGCCAUAGUGGAGUUUGGAGUGUGACUGUUUGAGGUUGUGGACAGGUGUCUUUUAUACUGAUAACAAGUUCAAACAGGUGCCAUUAAUACAGGUAACGAGUGGAGGACAGAGGAGCCUCUUAAAGAAGAAGUUACAGGUCUGUGAGAGCCAGAAAUCUUGCUUGUUUGUAGGUGACCAAAUACUUAUUUCCCACCAUAAUUUACAAAUACAUUCAUUAAAAAUCCUACAAUGUGAUUUUCUGGAUUUUUUUUCCUCAAUUUGUCUGUCAUAGUUGACGUGUACCUAUGAUGAAAAUUACAGGCCUCUCUCAUCUUUUUAAGUGGGAGAACUUGCACAAUUGGUGGCUGACUACAUACUUUUUCCCCCCACUGUACUUAUCUAUUGACACUCAUUUACAUGGUCUGUUUGAAAAAAUUACUCAUGUUUUUACAAGAUAAGACCCAGAUUAUGGCAUUAUUACUCUACAUGAUUUCAAAACCAAAAAGCCAACCCAUGAGAAUGCAUAUUGGUUCAUUCUACUUUAUAUAAGUUUAAUGCAGCUGUUUUUCAAAGAAAGAUAGAAUUGGCUCUGUUAAUUCCAUGCUUGGAUAUUUUAUUUGUAAUCACAGCAGUGGAGGGAAUGUGAAACAGACGUCAGCGUGCUAGUUUAGCAGUACAACUCAGGGGAAACUGACCGUACCAAGGCUCAAACCUGGGGACCUCUGCCUUGCUAACAUACGUGAUCGCCCUGCUUGACAACGUACUAUCCAGUUAUGCCACCAAAACCGAACCUCGAUGGCAACACUGGCGACAUUUCAAGCUACAGUUGAAGUCGGAAGUUUACAUACACUUAGGUUGGAGUCAUUAAAACUCGUUUUUCAACCACUCCACACAUUUCUUGUUAACAAACUAUAGUUUUGGCAAGUCGGUUAGGACAUCUACUUUGUAAGUAAUUAUUCCAACAACCUGAAAGGCUGCUCAGCAAGGAAGAAGCCACUGCUCCAAAACCGCCGUAAAAAAGCCAGACUACGGUUUGCAACUGCACAUGGGGACAAAGAUCGUACUUUUUGGAGAAAUGUCCUCAGGUCUGAUGAAACAAAAAUAGAACUGUUUGGCCAUAAUGACCAUCGUUAUGUUUGGAGGAAAAAGGGGGUCCUUGCAAGACGAAGAACACCAUUAUGUGUAUUUGGAAGGAAAAUUAUGUGGAUAUAUUGAAGCAACAUCUCAAGACAUCAGUCAGGAAGUUAAAGCUUGGUCGCAAAUGGGUCUUCCAAAUGGACAAUGACCCCAAGCAUCCUAACAAAGUUGUGACAAAAUGGCUUAAGGACAACAAAGUCAAGGUAUUGGAGUGGCCAUCACAAAGCCCUGACCUCAAUCCUAUAGAAAAUGUGUGGGCAGAACUGAAAAAGCGUGUGCGAGCAAGGAGGCCUACAAACCUGACUCAGUUACACCAGCUCUGUCAGGAGGAAUGGGCCAUGUCAACUUCUGACCCACUGGGAAUGUGACGAAAUAAAUAAAAGCUUAAAUAAAUAAUUCCCUCUACUAUUAUUCAGACAUUUCACAUUCUUAAAAUAAAGUGGUGAUCCUAACUGACCUAAGACAGGGAAUUUUUACUAGGAUUAAAUAUCAGGAAUUGUGAAAAACUGAGUUUAAAUGUAUUUGGCUAAGGUGUAUGUAUACUUCCAACUACAAUUGUAGCUGUGGAGGGAGUUCACGGCACAUUGUUGUUUCUGUUACAUUUGGUUUAAUGCAUCUCUUUCCUUCAUAGCCAUUGAGGGGCGUCGGCAUUCUAAAACAGGCAAUAGACAAAAUGCAGAUGAACACAAACCAACUUACCUCAGUUCAUGCAGACCUGUGUCAGGUGUGUAAACUUAUUCAUGUCAACUGGAUCUUUGACUUUAUAUGAUUAUUGAAAUGUGUUGAUUCUUGGCUACGAGACUAAGAAUGAAUGACCCCUCAACAACUUUGUGUGUACAUCCACAGCUGUGCUUGUUAGCAAAGUGCUUCAAGCCUGUCCUCCCGUUUCUUGAGCUUGACAUGAUGGACAUCUGUAAGGAGAAUGGCGCCUACGAUGCAAAGCACUUUCUAUGUUACUACUAUUACGGAGGCAUGAUCUACACGGGUCUGAAGAACUUUGAAAGAGCACUGUAUUUUUAUGAACAGGUACUGGCUUAUUUGAGAAUCUAAAAUGUGCAUGCUAAAGCUGUUUUGGAUGUGACUUAGUGUUCCUGUUAUCAAAAGUGAAUUGAUUUAGCAUACUACUAGUAACACAUUUGCUAAUCUUAAUACCAUUUCAAAUGACCUUUUUAAGUUUAAUAUUUUGAUACUAGGUAUUUAUACAGUAGUCAAGUACACCCUGAGUUGACAUUGAAUCUAUUAGGGCAUAGACUUGGCUGUAGUUGGUUUACUUCUCUAAUUCCAUUGUGUGAUAUUCUGAUGAUUCCCCCCCCCCCCCAGGCAAUAACCACUCCAGCUAUGGCAGUCAGUCACAUCAUGUUGGAGGCCUAUAAGAAGUACAUCCUGGUCUCCUUGAUUCUACAUGGCAAAGUGCAGCAGCUCCCCAAAUACACAUCACAGAUAGUUGGGAGGUUCAUAAAGGUGAGAAUGAAGAUGCAAAAUGGCCCAUAUUUUACAUCCUUAAAUGUGCCAUUACAUCUUGAACACUAGAACCGCUGGGCCUCCAUGGGCUCCCCUUCAAGCUAAUGAGCAGUCAUUCUGACUGCAACAUUAUAACAGUGUAAUAAUAAUAAUAUCGCAAAAAAAUAUGAGUUGGUUGUGUUUAUGAAGGUCUUAGGAACAUUAGAAUACGAUUAAACAAAAUAUAAAUAACACAAUAGCAUUUUCAUUAGUUUAUGUUACUGUACAGUCGUGGUCAAUUUUUUUUUUACAAUGACACAAAUAUUAAUUUUCACAAAGUCUGCUGCCUCAGUUUUGAUGAUGGCAAUUUGCAUAUACUCCAGAAUGUUAUGAAGAGUGAUCAGAUGAAUUGCAAUUAAUUGCAAAGUCCCUCUUUGCCAUGAAAAUGAACUUAAUCCCCAAAAAACAUUUCCACUGCAUUUCAGCCCUGCCACAAAAGGACCAGCUGCCAUCAUGUCAGUGAUUCUCUCGUUAACACAGGUGAGAGUAUUGACGAGGACAAGGCUGGAGAUCACUCUGUCAUGCUGAUUGGGUUAGAAUAACAGACUGGAAGCUUUAAAAGGAGGGUGGUGCUUGAAAUCAUUGUUCUUCCUCUGUUAACCAUGGUUACCUGCAAGGAAACACGUGCUGCCAUCAUUGCUUUGCACAAAAAGGGCUUCACAGGCAAGGAUAUUGCUGCUAGUAAGAUUGCACCUAAAUCAACCAUUUAUCGGAGCAUCAAGAACUUCAAGGAGAGAGGUUCAAUUGUUGUGAAGAAGGCUUCAGGGCGCCCAAGAAAGUCCAGCAAGUGCAAGGACCGUCUCCUAAAGUUGAAUCAGCUGUGGGAUCGGGGCACCACCAGUGCAGAGCUUGCUCAGGAAUGGCAGCAGGCAGGUGUGAGUGCAUCUGCACGCACAGUGAGGCAAAGACUUUUGGAGGAUGGCCUGGUGUCAAGAAGGGCAGCGAGGACACCACUUCUCUCCAGGAAAAACAUCAGGGACAGACUGAUAUUCUGCAAAAGGUACAGGGAUUGGACUGCUGAGGACUGGGGUAAAGUCAUUUUCUCUGAUGAAUCCCCUUUCCAAUUGUUUGGGGCGUCCGGAAAAAAGCUUGUCCGGAGAAGAAAAGGUGAACGCUACCAUCAGUCCUGUGUCAUGCCAACAGUAAAGCAUCCUGAGACCAUUCAUGUGUGGGGUUGCUUCUCAGCGAAGGGAGUGGGCUCACUCACAAUUUUGCCUAAGAACACAGCCAUGAAUAAAGAAUGGUACCAACACAUCCUCCGAGAGCAACUUCUCCCAACCAUCCAAGAACAGUUUGGUGACGAACAAUGCCUUUUCCAGCAUGAUGGAGCACCUUGCCAUAAGGCAAAAGUGAUAACUAAGUGGCCCGGGGAACAAAACAUCGACAUUUUGGGUCCAUGGCCAGGAAACUCCCCAGACCUUAAUCCCAUUAAGAACUUGUGGUCGAUCCUCAAGAGGCGGGUGGACAAACAAAAACCCACAAAUUCUGACAAACUCCAAGCAUUGAUUAUGCAAGAAUGGGCUGCCAUCAUUCAGGAUGUGGCCCAGAAGUUAAUUGACAGCAUGCCAGGGCGGAUUGCAGAGGUCUUGAAACAGAAGGGUCAAAACUGCAAAUAUUGACUCUUUGCAUAAACUUAAUGUAAUUGUCAAUAAAAGCCUUUGACACUUAUGGAAUGCUUGUAAUUAUACUUCAGUAUACCAUAGUAACAUCUGACAAAAAUAUCUAAAAACACUGAAGCAGCAAACUUUGUGAAGACCAAUACUUGUGUCAUUCUCAAUUUUUGACCACGACUGUAGGGUGUAUGGAAAAACAAAAAGCACAAACAUUCAAGUGUUCAAUCAGUUUGAUUUGUGGUGUGCCUUUUGAGUAUGAAGCAAAGCAUAUGUGUUGGGUCGCGGUAACAGCAACACCCCAACCACCAAGAUGCAUGGUCAGCAAGACAUGCGGCCAAAAUGAUAAAAACAGUAGCCUAAAUAUCAUUAUAAGUGCUUGAUUAGUAAUGAAAAUCGGCACAAAAGCAAUAAUGUCAUUAUAAUUAAAAUAAGUGUUGAUAUGACAGCAGUAAAAAAUAGUAAUUUAUUGUCAGCUCGUGCUUAUAUGGUGUGCUUCUUCACGCAAUGGCAUCAGUUGGAGCAUGUUCAUGUCACAUAAACGAAAGCUGGUGAGUGCGUUGCUGAUGUUGUAUGCUUGCAAUGUAGGGUCUGCGCUCUGUGAUGACAUUUUGUGCUGAUAAUCGGUUGUAACAUUGUCACAGGCUUGUUCUGUCCACACGGUGCUUUCUUGCCUAUCCUUUCUCACCGUUUCAUUUGGUGGUGGCGCGGGCACUUGCUCAGUGCCCACUAUUCUGGCUUUUUUACGCUGUAGGUGUAGGUUCAGGCUGAGGUUCAGAAUCAGAAGAAUUGUCAUCAGAGAUGUCAUGAUUCAUUUCUUCCCCACCAUCUGAGUCGUUUUCAUUCAGAUUUUGUAGCAACGCUAACGCAGCAUCUGCAUCCAUUCGUCUUGGUAUUUUUGCCACUGUAAAUUACACACACUUUCACUGUGUACUCCAAGUAGGCCAGAGUAGACUGAUUGGAUUCGGUGGACUGAUAUCGGGUUUCCGUUUGGAAAAUGUGGCGCCGGACAUUUGACCGGCAGCAUUUUAAUUUACCGGACAUUUUGAGAAAUUCUCCGGACCCAUAUGCAUUGGGUGCUCAGAAUGACAGAAAUCACAUUUAGAAUAUAGUCAUUCAUAUUAACAGAACAUGCAAGUCAAGGAUGCAACGAUGUGCGGCCCUUCUCACCAAAUUCUGAUGCACACUUUUAAGAAGUUAGAAUAUUUGUCCACAUUUACUUUCCUCAGCCAACAAGACGGGUAACGAACAGAAAAAUCACUAGCCUAUGUCAAUCCACUAUCCCCCAUAGUAGAAACGUUUAGCUAUUCUAUUGGUCAGCUUGUCGAGAAAGAAAUGGCCUAUUCCAAACAGACACUGGGACAGUUGUUGGACGAUAGAUCCUACAUUUUUACAACCAGUAGACCUAGGCUACAUUAAAAACCAAUGAGGCAGAUCAGAUGAUGCAUUAGAUCAGAACGUUUACUUUAAAAUGUUGAUAAACUAUUAUUUCUUAACAUUAUAAGCGCAGCAAUGUGCACAAGGCAGUAGGGUACGCGCGAAUGUUCGUUUCAUAAUGCAAUUAACUGUAAAACAUCGUUGUCAAAGCGCACCGCACAUGCGAGCGGUUUCAUGUGACCUGUUAGACAUUUAGAAAGAGCGGAGAACUAAUAUGCAACAACUAGCAUUGGUUGCUAAUAUGACUAGGAUUGUGCCUUUGGCUACAGGAGAAUGAAAGAAAGUUUAUAUAAAAGAAUAGCCUCCACGGAUAUGGUCUGAUUUUGGCUAGGCUACUUUGAAGCAAGGUAAGACGUGCCUCAUAAUAUGUAGUAAAACGUUAAGGUUUCAAACAAUUAAGUAUAUGUUUUCAAAAUGCAUACUGCCUCCAGCUCAUUGCAAAGUGGUGUGUGACGCGCUAAUGAAACCUGCCUUCUGUUACAUAUGCAUGCUGUUUGAGAUACUGUAGCAGCAGCGCUCAUGCUGUCUGACAGAGUUUCUGCUCAAAGGCUCUGUAUCUGUAAAGUCGUGGUCAAAGGUUUUGAGAAUGACACAAGUAUUGGUCUUCACAAAGUUCGCUGCUUCAGUGUUAUGAGAUAUUUUUGUCAGAUGUUACUAUGGUAUACUGAAGUAUAAUUACAAGCGUUCCAUAAGUGUCAAAGGCUUUCAUUGACAAUUACAUUAAGUUUAUGCAAAGAGUCAAUAUUUGCAGUGUUGACCCUUCUUUUUCAAGACCUCUGCAAUCUGCCCUGGCAUGCUGUCAUUUAACUUCUGGGCCACAUCCUGACUGAUGGCAGCCCAUUCUUGCAUAAUCAAUGCUUGGAGUUUGUCAGAAUUUGUGGGUUUUUGUUUGUCCACCCGCUUCUUGAUGAUUGACCACAAAUUCUCAAUGGGAUUAAGGUCUGGGGAGUUUCCUGGCCAUGGACCCAAAAUGUCGAUGUUUUGUUCCCCGAGCCACUUAGUUAUCACUUUUGCCUUAUGGCAAGGUGCUCCAUCAUGCUGGAAAAGGCAUUGGUUAUCACCAAACUGUUAUUGGAUGGUUGGGAGAAGUUGCUCUCGGAGGAUGUGUUGGUACCAUUCUUUAUUCAUGGCUGUUUUCUUAGGCAAAAUUGUGAGUGAGCCCACUCCCUUGGCUGAGAAGCAAAACCACACAUGAAUGGUCUCAGGAUGCUUUACUGUUUGCAUGACACAGGACUGAUGGUAGCGCUCACCUUAAGGUGUUUUCCGGAUGCCCCAAACAAUCGGAAAGGGGAUUCAUCAGAGAAAAUGACUUUACCCCAGUCCUCAGCAGUCCAAUCCCUGUACCUUUUGCAGAAUAUCAGUCUGUCCCUGAUGUUUUUCCUGGAGAGAAGUGGCUUCCCCGCUGCCCUUCUUGACACCAGGCCAUCCUCCAAAAGUCUUUGCCUCACUGUGCGUGCAGAUGCACUCACACCUGCCUGCUGCCAUUCCUGAGCAAGCUCUGCACUGAUGAUGCCCUGAUCCCGCAGCUGAAUCAACUUUAGGAGACAGUCCUGGCACUUGCUGGACUUUCAUGGGCGCCCUGACGCCGCCUUCAAAACAAUUGAACCUCUCUCCUUGAAGUUCUUGAUGAUCCGAUAAAUGGUUGAUUUAGGUGCAAUCUUACUAGCAGCGAUAUCUUUGCCUGUGAAGCCCUUUUAGUGCAAAGCAAUGAUGACGUCACGUGUUUCCUUGCAGGUAACCAUGGUUAACAGAGGAAGAACAAUGAUUUCAAGCACCACCCUCUUUUUAAAGCUUCCAGUCUGUUAUUCUAACUCAAUCAGCAUGACAGAGUGAUCUCCAGCCUUGUCCUCGUCAACACUCUCACCUGUGUUAACGAGAGAAUCACUGACAUGAUGGCAGCUGGUCCUUUUGUGGCAGGGCUGAAAUGCAGUGGAAAAGUUUUUUGGGGAUUAAGUUCAUUUUCAUGGCAAAGAGGGACUUUGCAAUUCAUCUGAUCACUCUUCAGGACAUUCUGGAGUAUAUGCAAAUUGCAAUCAUCAAAACUGAGGCAGCAGACUUUGUGAAAAUUAGUAUUUGUGUCAUUCUCAAAACGUUUGACCACGAAUGUAUGCUGUAGGCCAACAUGUGUGAUAAAUAAGAUGCAUAACGAAUAUACUGUACACACGCCAAUUUAAUUCCACAAAAUUAUGCAAAGUAAUCUAUAGACCAAUAGAUAAGCAUGACUAGUCAAAUGUAUUUCCAUCGACUGGUAUUUCCAUCAAUGAAUAGGCUGAAAAGCAUUCUUUUGCAAUGGGAUAUUUUCUUCUCCAGGACAAUUGGUCGGCGGCCAAAAACAAAUUAGGCCAAAAGCCGGCUGUUACCGGCUAAAGGAAACCCUGGUACAUACCAUUUUUUAAAAUUAUAGUUAGAAUAGAUCAAUACAUCAUUCACAAUUAGUGAUGACAUAAUUAUGCAUUGUUCGCUUCCCCUUGCUCAUCAACUCACCCAUUCGCCCCCAUCAUACUUGACUUAAUUUAUUUAAUCUGUUGUCAUAUGUGUGAUAUUAGUUUCGGUUCAGUUUCGAGGCAAUUAUCGGGGUGAUUAUCAACUAGGCACGGUACCUUAAACUAUCGGGAAAAGGAGCGGAGCAGUACCUACUGAGGGGCAAUGGGAAAACUAUUCAAAAAAUGACAUGCCCUCCUUAAACUGGUUAUAACUCCAGUUCUGUCUGUGAUAUUAAGAUUCUAACGACAUUGUUUUUUAUAUAGACUUUUCUUAAAUAAGUCUAUAUAAAAAAACAAAUGAAGGAGGGGGGCAUAACUUUUAAAAUGGCAGAGUAAUAAUUUAUAAAAAUUUUAUGAACAGUCCAAAUAACUGCUUUAGCGGUUCUAGUGUUGUGCUUGUUGUACUACAUAUAACAUAGUAUUACAUAUUCUACUGCUUUGUGUUUCUGCAGCCUCUCAGCAAUGCCUACCAUGAGCUUGCUCAGGUGUACGCCACCAACAACCCAGCAGAACUGCGCACCCAGGUGAACAAACACAGCGAGACCUUCACACGCGACAACAACACAGGCCUUGUCAAGCAGUGCCUGUCCUCCCUCUACAAGAAGAACAUCCAGAGGCUAACAAAGGUAUACUUCCUUCUCUCACCACAAAUAUGUCACCCGUAGCCAAGAUAUCCUUCCCUCACUCCACCCGAGCCACGGCCUGUUCACCCCGCUACCAUCUAGAAGGUGGAGACAGUACAGGUGCAUCAAAGCUGGGACCGAGAGACUGGAAAAACAGCUUCUAUCUCCAGGCCAUCAGACUGUUAGAGUCCCCACUAGCCGGCCUCCGCCCAGUACCCUGCCCUGAACUUUAGUCACUGUUACUAGCUGGCUAUCACCCGAUACUCAACCCUGCACCUUAGAGACUGCUGCCCUAUGUACAAAGUAAUUGAACACUGGUCACUUCAAUCAUGUUUCCAUAUUGUUUUACCCACUUCAUAUGUAUAUACUGUAUUCUAGUCAAGGCUCAUCCUAUAUAACUACUCCUGUACACACAUUUUCUAUUCAUAUACAGUGCCUUUGGAAAGUAUUCAGACCCCUUUACUUUUUCCAUAUUUUGUUACGUUACAGCCUUAUUCUAAAAUGGAUAAAAUAAAAUGUCUCAGCAAUCUACACACACUACCCCAUAAUGACAAAGCGAAAACAGAUACCUUAUUUACAUAAGUAUUCAGACCCUUUGCUCUGAGACUCGAAAUUUGAGCUCAGGUGUAUCCUGUUUCCAUUGAUCAUCCUUGAGAUGUUUCUACAACUUGAUUGGAGUCCACCUGUGGUAAAUUCAAUUGAUUGGAUAUGAUUUGGAAAGAACCACACCUGUCUAUAUAAGGUCCCACAGUUGACAGUGCAUGUCAGAGCAAAAACCAAGCCAUGAGGUUGAAGGAAUUGUCCGUAGAGCUCCGAAACAGGCUAGUGUCGAGGCACAGAUCUGGGGAAGGGUACCAAAACAUUUCUGCAGCAUUGAAGGUCCCCAAGAACACAGUGGCCUCCAUCAUUCUUAAAUGGAAGAAGAUUGAAACCACCAAGUCCCUUCCUAGAGCUGGCCGCCCGGCCAAACUGAGCAAUUGGGGGAGCAGAGCCUUGGUCAGGGAGGUGACCAAGAACCCGAUGGUCACUCUGACAGAGCUCUAGAGUUCCUCUGUGGAGAUGGGAGAGCCUUCCAGAAGGACAAUCAUCUCUGCAGCACUCCACCAAUCAGGUCUUUAUUGUAGAGUGGCCAGACUGCUUGGAGUUUGCCAAACGGCACCUAAAGACUCAGACCAUGAGAAACAAGAUUCUCUGGUCUGAUGAAACCAAGAUUGAACUCUUUGGCUUGAAUGCCAAGCAUCACAUCUGGAGGAAACCUGGCACCAUCCCUACGGUGAAGCAUGGUGGUGGUAGCAUCAUGCUGUGGGGAUGUUUUUCAGCGGCAGGGACUGGGAGACUAGUCGGGAUCGGAGGGAAAGAUUAACUUAGCAAAGUACAGAGAGAUCCUUGAUGAAAACCUGCUCCAGAGCGCUCAGGACCUCAGACUGGGGCGACGGUUCACCUUCCAACAGGACAAUGACCCUAAGCACACAGCCAAGACAAUGCAUGAGUGGCUUCGGGACAAGUCUCUGAAUGUCCUUCAGUGGCCCAGCCAGAGCCCGGACUUUAACCCGAUCUAACAUCUCUGGAGAGACCUGAAAAUAGCUGUGCAGCAACGCUCCCCAUCCAACCUGAUAGAGCUUGAGAGGAUCUGCAGAGAAGAAUGGGAGAAACUCCCCAAAUACAGGUGUGGCAAUCUUGUAGCGUCAUACCCAAGAAGACUCGAGGCUAUAAUCGCUGCCAAAGGUGCUUCAACAAAGUACUGAGUAAAGUGUCUGAAUACUUAUGUAAAUGUAAUUUUUCAGGUUUUUAUUUUUAAUAAAUUAGCAAAAAUGUCUAAAAAAACAGAUUUUGCUUUGUCAUUAUGGGGUGUUGUGUGUAGAUUGAUGAGGGGGGGAAAAACAAUUUAAUACGUUUUAGAAUAAGGCUGUAACGUAACAAUGUGGAAUAAGUGAAGAGGUCUGAAUACUUUCCAAAGGCACUGUACAGUACAUAAUGUCUAUACACACCAUAUACAGCGGGGGAAAAAAAGUAUUUAUUCAGCCACCAAUUGUGCAAGUUCUCCCACUUAAAAAGAUGAUAGAGGCCUGUAAUUUUCAUCAUAGGUACACGUCAACUAUGACAGACAAAAUGAGGGAAAAAAAUCCAGAAAAUCACAUUGUAGGAUUUUUAAUGAAUUUAUUUGCAAAUUAUGGUGGAAAAUAAGUAUUUGGUCAAUAACAAAAGUUUCUCAAUACUUUGUUAUAUACCCUUUGUUGGCAAUGACACAGGUCAAAUGUUUUCUGUAAGUCUUCACAAGGUUUUCACACACUGUUGCUGGUAUUUUGGCCCAUUCCUCCAUGCAGAUCUCCUCUAGAGCAGUGAUGUUUUGGGGCUGUCGCUGGGCAACACUGACUUUCAACUCCCUCCAAAGAUUUUCUAUGGGGUUGAGAUCUGGAGACUGGUUAGGCCACUCCAGGACCUUGAAAUGCUUCUUACGAAGCCACUCCUUCGUUGCCCGGGCGGUGUGUUUGGGAUCAUUGUCAUGCUGAAAGACCCAGCCACAUUUCAUCUUCAAUGCCCUUGCUGAUGGAAGGAGGUUUUCACUCAAAAUCUCACGAUAUAUGGCUCCAUUCAUUCUUUCCUUUACACGGAUCAGUCGUCCUGGUCCCUUUGCAGAAAAACAGCCCCAAAGCAUGAUGUUUCCACCCCCAUGCUUCACAGUAGGUAUGGUGUUCUUUGGAUGCAACUCAGCAUUCUUUGUCCUCCAAACACGACGAGUUGAGUUUUUACCAAAAAGUUCUAUUUUGGUUUCAUCUGACCAUAUGACAUUCUCCCAAUCCUCUUCUGGAUCAUCCAAAUGCACUUUAGCAAACUUCAGACGGGCCUGGACAUGUACUGGCUUAAGCAGGGGGACACGUCUGGCACUGCAGGAUUUGAGUCCCUGGCGGUGUAGUGUGUUACUGAUGGUAGGCUUUGUUACUUUGGUCCCAGCUCUCUGCAGGUCAUUCACUAAGUCCCCCCGUGUGGUUCUGGGAUUUUUGCUCACCGUUCUUGUGAUCAUUUUGACCCCAUGGGGUGAGAUCUUGCGUGGAGCCCCAGAUCGAGGGAGAUUAUCAGUGGUCUUGUAUGUCUUCCAUUUCCUAAUAAUUGCUCCCACAGUUGAUUUCUUCAAACCAAGCUGCUUACCUAUUGCAGAUUCAGUCUUCCCAGCCUGGUGCAGGUCUACAAUUUUGUUUCUGGUGUCCUUUGACAGCUCUUUGGUCUUGGCCAUAGUGGAGUUUGGAGUGUGACUGUUUGAGGUUGUGGACAGGUGUCUUUUAUACUGAUAACAAGUUCAAACAGGUGCCAUUAAUACAGGUAACGAGUGGAGGACAGAGGAGCCUCUUAAAGAAGAAGUUACAGGUCUGUGAGAGCCAGAAAUCUUGCUUGUUUGUAGGUGACCAAAUACUUAUUUUCCACCAUAAUUUGCAAAUAAAUUCAUAAAUAAUCCUACAAUGUGAUUUUCUGGAUUUUUUUCCAUCAAUUUGUCCGUCAUAGUUGACGUGUACCUAUGAUGAAAAUUACAGGCCUCUCUCAUCUUUUUAAGUGGGAGAACUAGCACAAUUGGUGGCUGACUAAAUACUUUUUUCCCCCACUGUAUAUUUAUAUUCCGGACUCUGACAUUGUUCACUCUAAUAUUUUUUAAUUCCUGUCUUAAACUUUUUGGAUUUGCGUGUAUUGUUAGGUAGUACUGCACUGUUGGAACUAGGAACAUAAGCAUUUCGCUACACCCACGAUAAUAUCUGGAAAAUAUGUGAACUCGACCAAGAAAAUUUGAUUUGAUUCGACUAUACCAACUCAGCCCAAAUAUAUCCUCCCACAACCUCCAAAUUGACCUCAAUAUUCCGCCCUAUAUUUAAUACCCCCUUCAGAUCAUAUAUCUUCUUAGACACAAAUAUGACCCCCUCACCUCACAUACUUCCCUCCUAAUAUAUCUACCAAUACUCCUCGCUCACCUCAAGUACCUCACCCUUACCCCCAAUACACCGUUCUCAUCCCUAAUAUCCCUCCGUCCGCAUUAAACUAUAUUCAAAAUAUACUGUCUACCUUCCUCGUCCCUAUCUUCACCCUGUUACAAGGGUGACGAUAUGUAAACAAAGUAUUUAAAGCAAAUGGUCAGAAUGUAUCUGACCACCGUUCUUUCUUUGCAGACUUUCUUGACGCUGUCCUUGCAAGACAUGGCGAGUCGAGUGCAGCUGUCUGGGCCCCAGGAGGCCGAAAAGUAUGUCUUGCACAUGGUAAGCCAACGCGACCGCAGGAGGAUAGGCAUGCUUUAUCUCAGUACUCUAAGAACACUCACUUUUGAAUGUCUGAAAGAAAAUGGCCUUCAUUGAUUUGUCCAUUGGUUACAUUUUCUGUUCCUUACAGAUUGAAGAUGGUGAGAUCUAUGCCAGCAUCAACCAAAAGGAUGGCAUGGUCUGUUUCCAUGACAACCCGGAGAAAUACAACAACCCUGCAAUGCUUCACAAAAUUGACCAAGAGGUAAGAGAAUGGUAAUGUUGAUUAUCUAUCCUUGAAUGAAAAUGACUGUUGAGGUACAAUGAAGUGAUAAAUUAAUUGCGUCUCUUUUGGUAAUGUUUUAGGGAAGUAAAUGCCUUGUUCUGUGUCCUUCACAGAUGCUGAAGUGUAUAGAGCUGGAUGAGAAACUAAAGUCCAUGGAUCAAGAAAUCACAGUUAACCCGCAGUUUGUGCAGAAGGUAAGAAGUCCUUUAGGCUCCUCUAGAGGUUUUCCAAGAGGAGUAUAUUUGAAAUUCAGGUGUUUGAGGGUUGGUUGGUUGUUUUUUAAAUAUUUUUAUCCCAUUCUCAGAAAUAUAUCAAGUAGCCAUAUGAAACAUCUAGUCUUCCAGUUAUUAUUAUACAAAUGAUUGCUAAUGGUUAGCAUCACAUUGUGUGUUUCAGAGUAUGGGAACGCAGGAGGAUGACGUUGGCAGCAAAACGUCCAGUUACUCCUGAGGGCCAUGGACAGGGGAGAACACUGCCACCCUUCAGGUUCUCAUUGGAUGACUUUUUUUAAAAGAGGAAAAACAUUCUAUUGAGUAUGGACAUUGGUCAAGGAAAAUCUAAAUGUGUGGAAUGAUAAUUUGGUUAUUUCUUUCAUGGUGUCUUGAGGAAACCUUAACAAAAAAACAAUUUUGUCAGUGUUUUAUUUAUCAUUGUUCAGGUGGAUGAGCCACUGCUGCAUUAACAACCAUAAUAAUAAAAACUGGACUUAUUUGUUCAAAAAGGAAGUGUGAUAAAGCACAGUUUUUCUGUUGCAUGUUCAUUUUUGAGGUAUUUCCUUUUACAUGCAACAUUUGAGGAAAUCUUAAGUCUCCUGUUUCGAACAUCAGUAAUCGACCAGCUAGCAUAAUUGUUUUGGUCAAAUCACCUGGAGAUUUGACAACAAAAGCAAGGCUGUACUUCUGCCCUUGACCAAAUGUAGAGAGGAUAGUACAGUUUUUUUUUUUAAAGAUGGUGCACCGUUAUUUCCAUCCCCUAGAGGUCUCUCGUGUACUGUGUUGUGCUGUAGUUUGAAUUUACUGCAGGUGGAAUGAGCUCUGAGCUGGAGACAUACUUAUCUGUUAUCUGGAAGGACUCAAGAUUUGCGGUUUUGAAUCUCUCGAAAUACAUUGAUUCAGUAAAUUGACACAAUUUUGAAUUAAAUGUAUCACAUCACAUUCCUGUUUUGUCAGCAGUGUUUACCCUAGUUUUCUGACAUUCAGUGCUACUUAUGGCUCAGCUAUUUGUGCAGUGUUUCGUUUGUCGUUUUUUAACAGAGAGAUGUAGGAUUUAUUGUAUUGGAAAGCCUCAACUUAACCCAUUCAUGUCCAUAACGGACAUUUUGAAAUGUCUUUUGGUACACUUGUUCUCUGAGCUUACUGAUGGAUAAUUCAAAAUAUUUAUUUUUUUAUCAGCCAAAGCGGAUGUCUACAAUGUGAGUUUUUGGUAUUGUACUACAUUUCAUGAGUCAAAUAAUAUGAAUACAUGUUCAAAUGAUC